AUGGCCAGAUCAAAGUCUCAUCCCUGGUUUGAUCAGGUUCUCAUGCUGAAUGAGGAUCCUUGCAAGUCUUGCGGUGCCUUAUGCGACCUCUUCGAGAAGCCUAGUUCAACUGGAGAGUACGUCCCAGGCGGAGAUUUUGAGAUAAAAUCGCGCGGCAAGAAUGUCAUCCUCAACCAUCAAGAUAUCUGCGAGACUUGCCUAGCACUAGCCAAGGCAGCCAUCAUACUCAGGAUGUCUCUCUAUAGGGAGGGCAUUUCCGACCCCAAACCCCUGCUAGCAAAGUUUUGGGAUGUGAGGGUCUCAGAGAAUGUGAUCAACGCAACCGUGUCUUGGCUCUUGCGGGGGGCUACAUUGCUCACCCAAAAAUCCAUUACCAUCUGUCAACCAAAAGACGCUUCAGCCUCCAUCUCAAUCGACGCAGCGAAAGAAGACAGAUCCACUGCCAGAUCAGAGCAGAACAUUAGUUUCAUAAGAAAGAUGCUCAGUCUCUGUGAGACAGGGCAAGAUUGUCACCACAACUGCAAAUCUGGAGGUGAUAGAAUAUUACCCACCAGGCUAGUUCUUAUCGGCGAUGGGGAAAGUUCGAUCCGACUGCAUGAAACAUCCAAAGAGCAACAAGGCUCUUACGCAGCCUUGAGCCAUUGCUGGGGACCACCGGAGAAACACCCUCUUCGAACCUUGCAAGGAAAUAUUGAGUCUAUGAAGUCAAAGAUCCCAGGGGAUAAGCUCUCUGUCGUCUUCAAAGAAUCCAUCUGGCUCUGCAGACAACUUGGCAUUAAGUACAUCUGGAUCGAUUCGCUCUGUAUUGUCCAGGAUGAUGCCACCGAAUGGGAGAUUGAAGCUGCCAAGAUGGCGCAAUACUACUCUGAAGCAAGGAUCACCAUCGCUGUCGACUCUUCUCCUGACGGGACGACUUCAUUCCUCUCUCAAAGGGCUGAGAGAUGGCACCCUCAAACAUCUUCGUCUGCCCCAUACUUGAUCGUACGAGAACACUAUGACAGAUUGCAGGAAGAUGACCUGGAGAAUUCCAGCAUUAAGGCACACAAAUUCCUUCCCGAGACACACCACCUCCUCCCAACUCGAGCUUGGGCAAUGCAGGAAUCCAUCUUAUCGACUCGAAUUGUCCGUUUCACCCUCUCCGACAUCACAUGGGAAUGGAUUCUCGAGGCCCACUGCGAGACUUCAAAGGACUCACCAUUCGGCCGAGUCAAGAGUGGGUACCUGUUGAUCAAGGCGCCGUUGUUCAAGGUCACCCUGACCUAUAGCUGGGAUUCAAUCCCCGAGGAUAUAGUGUACGAGGUUGUGGUCGCUGGAGAUGAUGAGAACGAAGAACCGUGGGCCUCUGACAGUUUUACUGCGGAUUGCUUGCUGUCCGUCAAAAAAGGCAAUGCUCUCAGAGCGUAUGAUGGGGACAACCUUGAGUACAUGACAAAUCCGACGUCAUUCACGGCAACCGCUUGGGUCAUGUGGUUAGGAAUUGGAGCUCUGGUCCUAGGGCAAGAUCCUGAUUCCGAGGCAUUUCAGAGGCUUGGAUAUCUGGAUACCUAUGGGGAGGAAGUGAGCUCACCUAUUGGUGACCCUGAGCGCUGGACAAAUUCACUCCAGGGGACAGUGGUGCAGUUUCAGCUCGUGUAG